CUGUACUACAAUAGAUGAGUAAGUCAAUGGACUCGAUGGCGUGCUGUAGGUGUGUCCGAAACUGGUCCGAAAACAUUCGCACAAUAAUCCGUUCAAGUUGUUUUUAAUUUAGAAGUGGUCAUUUCUUAGCUGGUAGCAUUGAUUAAAUAAAGAAAAAGAAAAAAUGAAUUACGGAUAUGGAAAGAAAUCACCUAGCGUAGGUACACCAUCUGUAUACUCACAUGUUACCACUCGUAGUAAGUCUAUGAAGAGUGUAAAGAUACCAUGGUACCAAAAAAGAUUGCUUACAAAUGCAUUCACACUGAUGGAUAUUCAAAAAGGAGCAAUGGUUAUUGCUAUUUACUCACUCUGCUUAGCUAUAUUUACAAUUAUUACUUCAACCUUUGACAUUUAUUGCUUAUCACAAGCAGCUCCAGGCUCAAUACACUAUGGAUAUUAUUUAAUAUCUUAUGAAUUUGUCUAUGUGGGAAAUCCACAUGUACGGAAUUGUUUGAUUGUAUUUGCAUUGUUCUCAAUACUUAUGGGUAUUGUAAUAGUUGGAACAUCAAUUAUUUUGAUCAAAAGUUUAAGAAAGGAAUAUGAAAAAAGAAUGAUGCCAUGGUUGUACAGUUUCGCUGUAUUCACAAUUUUCAGGCUAUUUGCUUUCGUAUUCUACAGUGUUGUCAAUGAUUUGAUUUUUGCUUACAAUGUAACAAUGUGUCUUCUAUGGACUGUUUUUAUAAUAUUAUCAAUGUAUGGUUGGCUUGUUGUGUAUUCCUUAUAUAUUGAACUCAGCAAUUUGACUAGAUUAGAAGAUCUCGCACAUUUGAGAAUUGGAACCAUGCAAUCUUUGAAUGCUUCAACUACUCACUCUAUCGCGGGAUCGCGUCCCACGACACCCCAUAGUACUGUCUCUACCAUGCCAGUUUAAUUAUAGUCGUAUGGGAAAGACUGGAUAUCCAGGAGGAUUUUAUGUACAAUCUAGGUGGAUUUUUUUAAAUCCAAGUGGAUUUUCGGACAAUUCUAGAAGUAUUUUUUUUGAAGAUCCAAGUGGAUUUCAACAAAUUGCUUAGCAAUUAAAAAAAGAAUUUUUAUACAAAGUAUUUAUUUAAUAAAACUGAAUCUCAUCAAAGUAUUUUGACGAUUGUGUACAAAAUUAUAAUAUUACUCAUAUCGCUACACGCGUUCAAUUAUAUUAAAUAUAAUUAAAUUUAAUAUCGAUAUGAAGCUGCAACGAUAUUAUACCUACGAAUUAAGUGGCCUUAUAUAA